UUCUAAACAUAAAACUUCAACGAGAAUGAGAACACAAGCAGCAACAGCCUUGUACACACUUCUAGUUCUAGCCUGCCUAGGAAGCACAUUAUGUGGCGUCAUAACGGAAAUUGGCAAACCGCCUCAGCAGGCUGACAACGCUGUCAAUGAUUUGGGUAGCAAAAUACCCAAGGUCGCAAAUAUAGAACCCUCCCCCAAUAGCGUUAAUACUGUUAAAGAUACCGCCGAAGAAGUCGGUGGUACAAUACCCGAUCUAAAUCCUAUUGAGAACAUCAUCAGUCCAAUUCCGGAAUUGGAUUUCUUUCAUUGGUUAAUUUCCAUGCUCAGCAAAUCGGUGUCAUCAGUAAACCCCAACCACUCUGAAGAGCACGAGGAAGAUGAAGUGUCAGCUACAGAGGAGCCGGCCGAUAAUUCCUCUGAAAUACCAAGUGAUUCCGACGCCGAUGAGCAGGCAUCAGAGGAAGAGGACUAUAAUUCCUCAGAAAUACCAAGUGAUUCCGACAAAGAGGACGAUAAUUCCUCAGAAAUACCAAGUGAUUCCGACGCCGAUGAGCAAGCAUCAGAGAAAGAGGACGAUAAUUCCUCAGAAAUACAAAGUGAUUCCGGCGACGAUGAGUCAAAUCAGACGCAAUGA